CUUUCUAUGUCAGGGGCGUAGCAGGAUGGUCCCGGAGUCCAUGUUAAAAUUGUAAAUAGAAAUACUUGAGCUACAUGAAUGUCCGAAGCAUUAUAGAAGCGCAUAUCCUUCCUGCAAAGCUGUUUCCGUAGCAUGUCCGAAAUUAUGGAUCUAGCUCUGUCAGAAGAAACUGCAUAUGUUUGGAAUGCUGAAGAUUGGCUGAAAUUGAGAAGAGAUUAUAGAAUCUACGGUGUCUUAAUAGGAUGUCUUCCAAGGCUCCCACGGCAAGAAGUUUUUCUUGGAUUACCUUUAUUAUUACUUGCAGAAGAAACAACUCUUCUUAUAGAAAAAAACAUUGUGCGUCUUAAAAGCCAUGCAUCAAUGUAUAAAAAGCCGGACGAUUUGAUGAGAAAAGUUUUUCAAGAAUACAAAGAAAAAUUAUUUAUUGAACAAGAAAUUUGUUUGAGAGAGCAAAGGAAAAAGCAGAUUAUUUCAAUGAUGGAUAAAAUAAUCGAGGGGAAAAAAAGAAAAAUUCUUGGCAUUGGUACCAGCAAAAAAAAGAUACGGAGUCAAAAAAUAGAUGGACCGACUCAGACUGCAAUGAAUAUAAUAAACAUCGAUCGAGAUACACUUCUACAACAAGAAAUGGCCAAGCUACCAAAGCUCGAAAAAAGUGAUGCUCUAAUCCAGACUCAUACUUCUUACCCCUGGCUUGGUGAUAUGGAAGAUAGAACUUCUGCUUGGAAGUAUCCUUCAACUCCUAAUGAAGUUAUAAGAUAUAAGGUCUACAAAGAUCUUUGGGAGCAUGGAUUUCAUGUUACUAGUGGGGAAAAGUUUGGUGGAGAUUUCCUUGUUUAUCCAGGCGAUCCGAUGAUGUACCACUCUCAAUUCAUAGUGUCAUGCAUAGACAGACAAGAAAUGAUACCUACUCUCGAAUUGAUCGCUCACUCCCGUGUUGGCUGCAAUGUCCGCAAGACUCAAGUCUACGCAACCCUUGCUGAAAAGAGUCAAGACGUCAAGUACCAGUCUUUCCAGUGGACAGAUUCAUAUGCGCUCUGAAACCAACAAAUUCACACAUAUUGUGAAAAUGUGUUUCAAAUAAAAGGAAAAUCAGUAUUUUAUUCAUGUAAAUUUCACUGCUUAAUUUUUAAUAAACAGUCUUUAUAAACAAA